AGAACUUCCAAGAUAAUGGGUUCCGAAGCUCCAAUUAAACUUCCAGUAAUCGACUUCUCCCAGCUAAAAACCAACAAUUCAAUCAAUCUUUCGAUCUGGGAAUCCAUUAAAACUGAUGUUUUUAAAGCUCUCAUAGACUAUGGAUGCUUCGAAGCUUCUUCGGUUGUAUCAAUAGAUCUUCAAGAGUCUGUGAACGAUGCAUUGAAGCAACUGUUCGAUCUCCCGACAGAAACCAAGCUUCGAAACACAUCCGAAACUGCCUUUCAUGGAUAUGUUCGAUCUCCCAAGGUUCCACUCUAUGAAAGCAUGGGGAUUGGCAACCCAUUCAUCCCUGAAAAUGUGGACAACUUCGCCGAUCUAAUGUGGCCUCAAGACAAUCCCAAAUUUCGUGAAAGUAUUAAGACUUACUCUAAGAAGUUGCGCGAACUAGACGAGAUUGUGAAGAAGAUGGUUUUCGAGAGCUUGGGUUUGGAGAAAUACUUUGGCGAACAAAUGAAAUCGACAAGUUACCUUCUCAAAGUCAUGAAAUAUCGAGCACCUGAGCCAAAUGAAUCAGAUAUUGGACUCCAUACGCAUACCGAUACGAAUAUAAUGACGAUUUUACAUCAAGAUGAAAUUGGAGGGUUAGAGAUCCAAAUGAAAAACGAAGAAUGGUUGCGAGUAAAAGUUUCACCGAAUUCAUUCAUAGUUGUGGCUGGUGAAACGUUUAAUGUUUGGUUGAAUGGUCGAUUGCAUGUACCGUUUCAUAGGGUAGUAAUGAAUGGAAACAUGGCUAGAUACUCGCUCGGGUUCUUUUCGGUACAGAGAGCAAGCAUCCUCGUAAAAACAUUCUAUGAAAUGGUAGACGAAGAACACCCACUGCGUUACAAGCCUUUCGAUUAUGCGGAGUUUCUUAAGUUCUUUUACAAAGAGGGUGGCAUUCAAAGCAAGUUCGCCUUAAAGAAUUAUUGUGGCAUCUGAAACUAAACAUCCCAAUCUCAAUGCAUCAAGGCUAUUCUGAGUUUUUGAGCAUGGCAAAACAAAUAAGAUUUUUUUUUUCUUAAAUGCUAUAUAUGCACGUUUGUUUUUGUGCUUCAAGUAACUAGCUAGCCGUUUGUAUUUUUUCAUACUUUUGUUUAAAAUUAUAUAUGUUACUUAUUGUCUCAUGAUAUUAUCAUGUACUGUUAAAAUAACGAAGUGUGCAUAUAUGUUCCCACCAUAUGCUAUACAUUAUACAUUAUUUAAA